AGGUGUAGAAGAGGGCUCCGUCUUGGUGUAGCUUACCCUCCCAAUUAAUCCUCCAUUAACAAAGCAUUAAAAAUGGAUCGUUACCAGAGAGUGGAGAAGCCGAAAGCAGAGACACCCAUUGACGAGAAGGAGAUUCGGAUCAGCAGUCAAGGCAGUAUGCGCAAUUAUAUCAGUCAUGCUUUGACUUUGCUUCAGGAAAAGGGCUCUAAUCAAAUAGUGUUUAAGGCAAUGGGAAAAGCCAUUAACAAGGCUGUAGCUAUUGUAGAGUUAAUUAAGAAAAGAAUUGUGGGUCUUCAUCAGAUUACAUCAAUUGGAUCCACGGAUAUAACUGAUAUGUGGGAGCCUUCGGAAGAAGGACUUGUUCCAUUGGAGACCACUAGGCAUGUGUCCAUCAUUAUCAUAACCCUUUCAAAAAUAGAACUGAAUAUGUCAUCUGCCGGGUAUCAACCUCCAUUACCAGCUAAUCAGGUGAAAGCGGGAUCUCAUAAUGACCGAGAUGGUAGAAGAAUGCCAAGGAGUAGAGGGAAUGCUGAGUAUGAGGAUGGAGGCAGGAAUCACAAUCGUGGCUACGAUCGAGGAAGAGGACGAGGUUCCCGUGGCCGUGGCCGUGGACGUGGUGGAUACAAUGGACAACAGGCUGAUAGGAUGGAAGAUGGAGGCUACAAUUAUGAAGCCCCUCCCCAAGGUGGUCGUGGCAAGGGAUAUCGUGGAAGGGGGCGUGGGUUUACAUCUAAUAGGCCAAUUCAGGCAGCCGCGUAA